AUGGAUCAAUAUGCUCAUCCAGGAGAUACUGUUACCAUUAGUUGUAUGGCUGACUCCUACCCUCCUCCCACCUAUCAAUGGCAGGUAUUAAACACUAAUAUUAAUAUAUAUGAAAAUAUUCCUAGUGCAACAAUGUCCAGUUACACCACUGAAGAGAUUGAUUAUGAUCAGUUUGGUAUGUAUCGCUGUGCAGUAACUACACCAAUCAUUAAUGAAAGAAUAUACUCACAACCAGCACUGAUUACUGUAUCCUCCAAUAGCAGUGUCACUAUUGAUCCUGAUUUCAUCAUAACUAAAAAUGGUUCUGACGUUACAUUCAAUUGUCUAUCCAGAGGAGGACCCAAUAAUACAUUCAUAUGGCUGAGACCAUCAGCUCUUGAUUCUCUAAUAUCUAACAAUCCUUCAGUUAUUUCACUACUUAAUUCUGGGUCUCCAAUUGCAGUAGGUGACAUAGUUAACCAACUAUCAAACAUUACAUUAUCCAAUGGGCCUACUUUUACUCUAUACUCAAUCAAUGCUACUGAAGAUGGUGGUAGUUAUUCUUGCUAUGUGGUGAAUGCUGCUGGAGUAGAGAGCAAUACCACUACACUUUAUGUUAUACCAGUCAUCACAGAGGACCCAAGGGAAGUCUUCACUGAUGUCAAUGAAACUGUUACACUUUCUUGUUCUGCUGAUUCCUUCCCAGCCCCUAACUAUCAGUGGGAGAUGAUGAAUAGAACCAGUGGGUACUUUGAGCCUUUGACUGGUCAAACUAGCUACCAACUGACUUUACAUAUAGAGUAUGACCUGUAUGGUAUGUACAGGUGUGUAGCUACUGCUGAUGGUAUAAAAGAGAAUGCUACAUCAACUCGAGCACUUGUUACUGGUAAGCUCUUUUUUGGAGGCAAUCGCCUUGAUAUACUUAUGCUGUGUAAAAAUUAUGCUGUGUAA